AUGAAGUGGUUGAUCUUGGUGUUGACUUGCUUCCAGCUUUCAGAGGGUCUAAUAACUGUACCUCUGAAGAAAGGAAAGUCGAUUCGAGAGGUGAUGAAGGAGAAAGGUGUGCUGGAAGAUUACCUGAAGCACCAUAAGUAUGACCCAGCCAAGAAGUAUCACUUCAAUGAGUAUAAUGUUGCUUUUGAACCAAUGGCAUACAUGGAUGCAUCAUACUAUGGUGAAAUCAGCAUUGGAACUCCACCCCAGAGUUUUUUGGUGCUGUUUGAUACUGGCUCUUCCAACUUGUGGGUGCCAUCUGUCUACUGCCAGAGCCAGGCCUGCAGUAGCCAUGCAAGAUUCAACCCCAGCCAAUCCUCCACCUACUCCAGCAAUGGGCAGACAUUCAGCUUGCAAUAUGGCAGUGGCAGCCUCACUGGAUUCUUUGGCUAUGACACUCUGACACUCCAGAACAUUGUUGUCACAAACCAGGAGUUUGGUUUGAGUGAAAACGAGCCUGGCACCAAUUUCAUUUAUGCCCAGUUUGAUGGCAUUCUGGGAAUGGCCUACCCUUCUCUGGCAGUAGGGGGUGCUACCACUGCUUUGCAGGCAAUGUUGCAGCAAAACUUGCUAACCCAACCAGUCUUCAGCUUCUAUCUAAACAACCAACAAAGCUCUCAAACUGGUGGUGAGGUUGUCUUCGGAGGAGUAGACACUCGCCUUUACUCUGGACAGAUCUAUUGGGCUCCUGUUACCCAAGAACUUUACUGGCAGAUUGGGAUUCAAGAGUUCUCUAUUGGGGGACAAGCUACUGGAUGGUGCAGCCAAGGCUGCCAGGCUAUAGUGGACACUGGAACAUCCCUUCUCACUGUUCCUCAACAGUUCAUGGGGAAUUUCCUGAAUGCUGUGGGUGCUCAGCAAACUCAGUAUGGAGAGUACGCAGUUGACUGCAGCUCUGUCCAGAAUCUGCCCACCAUCUCCUUCGUCAUCAAUGGAAUCUCCUUCCCUCUGCCUCCCACUGCCUACAUCCUAAGUAACAAUGGCUAUUGCACAGUUGGGAUUGAGCCCACCUAUCUGCCCUCCCAAAAUGGACAGCCUCUAUGGAUCCUGGGAGAUGUCUUCCUCAGGCAAUACUACUCCGUCUAUGACAUGGGCAACAACAGAAUUGGCUUUGCUACUGCUGCUUAA